UUUAUCCCGAGCGACAGGGGUUGGGGUUCAAGUAAGGUACCCGCAUGCAGACUGGUACCUGGACGACCCCACUCAGAGUAACCUAGAAAACGGCCCUAAACGACAAGCCACUGGAGAUUUAGCGCUCUUGCUCCACAAGCUUCCAUUGAAGAACAACUGGACCUGACUGAAUGGAUGGAAACCACAUGCACUUGGGGGCAGGUCACGUUGGAGGUUGGAGGCAACCUGACCUGCCUCUUCAUGGAUACCUUGAGCUCUUCCGUUUCGGAUGAACCAAGCAUAAAGGGCAUCCCCCGUCCGCUUGAAGGGUACUAAUGCUUCUCCUCAAAUGAGCACUCCUUUGCAAAAACUGAGGUUACCUUAUUCGAUAUUCUUUUGCGCCACUUCUGGUACCUCCUGUCCUCGCUUUCACUUGUAUCGCAGACGAACUUGGUCUCUUUGACAGCUUUGUACCAUAUCUUGCCAGCUACUUGCAGACUCGAGGACACAAUUAUCCUUCUCUCAUUAUUUGUUAAGUCCUUUUUUUGGCCGGGAUUAUCGACAACUUGUCAUCCUUUCUCUUGCAGUACUUCCACGAUCUGGACCGCCGAUCACACACUUAUUGGAACCCCUGUUGCUGAGGCUGCGGCACGCCAUGCGACAGUGAUUGAAACUCAUUCUGCGCCGACCGAUACUCAGAACCUACAGCUUCUUUUGAUUUCUGGCUCUGCAACCGUUUGCAUUAUACGACAACCCAGACACAAAGUUUGUUUGUGUCGCCAACAGUCGAACCACACCUAUGGCAUACGAAGGCGGCUAUGGUGGUCAACAGCGACCUUACGGGGGCCAAGCACCACCUAGGCAUGCCCCGCGACAACAAGCCAAUGCGCCGCCACAACAGUAUGGAGCAUCACAACAGUAUGACGAGUAUCACCAAGACUAUGGGUAUGGCUCUGGACAGGAUUUUGGAGGUCAACGUCAAGACCAGAAUUAUGGUAGAGGACCGCCUCCACAAGACCAAUAUGGGCGCGGUGGUAGCGUGAUACCCGGUCCUCGCGGAGGGCCCAUUCCUCGUCCACAGACAGCUGAUCCGCAUCGUGGGCAACAGCGCCCUCCUCGAGGAGGCCCGAUGCCAGGACCAGGCAGAGGCAUUCCUAAUGGACACCCUGGGCAAGGCGGAAUACGCCCAGGACCAUAUGCGUCGAAUUCAGAUCCCGCAGGUGAGUUUCAAACCUGAUGCUAUGACUCUCAGCUUACAAUCGCAUGCAAAGCCCGCCGCCACCCUAUGAACACGCCUCCUAUGAGUCCUCGAGACGGGCAUUUCGGACAAAAGCACGUGCCACAAGAGCGUGGACGAAGGCCAGACAUGCCUUAUGAGCAGCAGAUGGUUGAUCAAAUGUCGCAUAUGGAUAUGAACCAGAGACCGAUGGUGCCAACUAAUGGACGUUCAAGUUCCGAUGGCCAACGCAACCAGGGCGAAUAUGGAAGACCACCAGUGAAUGCGGGGCGCGGACCCCCUCCGAGAGGUUAUCCUCAAGGAGGUCCUCCACGGCAGAACCCAGGCUACGGAGCUCCCGAUGGCUAUGGAAACUAUAACGAUGUAUAUAACGGUGCUCGAGAGCCGCCUGUAGGUGGCUUUGGCCCACCGGCACGUAGCAGAACGAUGCCUGUGGAUGAUAUGCGACAAAGAGGCAACAUGCCACCACCUCAACGGAUGGACGCAAUGCAAUAUAGCACUCCCGCUGGCAGAGGGAUACCACAAAGACCUUCGACUGCUGGCGGUCACCGGGCACCUACCCAAAGGUCGUACACAGCUGGGCCACAAGGAGGCCCGGGAGGCCACUAUACUGGGGAGUAUGAUGAUCGAAGUGCAUACCAUAAACCAUCAACAGCUUCUUAUGACGAAGUUUACGAUACCUAUUUCGACAAUCAAGGCAACAGCCAGCCUGAAUAUGGGCCAGAAUCCCAGCACAAUCGAGUCAGCCUGCCGGACUUCGAUGCUGCACCAGCUCCAGGGCAACGUAGUUCGUUCGAACAGUCAAUGCGCCCCAGCAAUGAACAGCCUCAGCGAGGAGCCCACCAAACAGCCGUUCUUAAUCACGCCAAGUCACAACCGGUCCUUCGUCAACCUCAAACAGCUGUGUUUGAGAUGGCUGGCGAUGUGCCAGAUGUCCCUGCAGUCCCACCGGUUCCACCGUUGAGCAACUACCAGACUGCGUAUGAUCAGGAUUAUAACCAAGUACCGACCAGGGGACCUAGUGCACCAGCAGCUAUGAAUGGUGCUCGUACUAGUGGACCCAUGAAUGCGGAUGGCCUUCCUUCACAUCCUGCUCCUAUCCGACCGGGUCUUAUGCAAGAUUCAAUGGUUCAUCUGGGUAAUAAGCCAGCUCCCGUUAGAAACUACGGAGUCUCUACGCCGGCACCUCAGCCGCAACCACAACCUCAGCCUCAGCCACGACAACCUCAGUAUCAACAGCAGCAACGGUCUCCACCCAGGAACAAUAGCCAACGGCAGCCGGCCAGGGACGAAGGCCCUGUUACCACACAGGAACUAGAACAUCUCAGAAUGCUGAUCAAGAACAAUUCAAGUGACCAGGACUCAGCAUUGAGACUGGCCAAGAAGUUGGUUGAAGCUGCCGACGUCUUGGCGCCUAAGAUGCCAGACCCUAAGCAACGUACAAGGGCACGCGAGCGUUAUCUUAUCGAUUGUCAUAAGAUUCUUAAGAAGUUGGCUAACGCCCAGAAUCCAGACGCCAUGUUUCUCCUGGCAGAUUGUCUCGGACGAGGUCUCUUCGGUGAUAGCGACCAUAAAGAAGCUUUCACUCAGUACCAGUCUGCUGCAAAACUUGGACACCCUGCAGCAGCUUAUAGAACCGCAGUGUGCUGCGAGAUUGGCCAUGAGGAAGGAGGUGGUACACGUAAGGACCCAAUGAAAGCAAUUCAGUGGUACAAACGUGCUGCCACUUUGGGCGAUCCUCCAGCAAUGUACAAGGUUGGAAUGAUCUUACUGAAAGGGCUUCUUGGUCAGCCCAAGAAUCCCAGGGAAGCGGUGGGGUGGCUGAAGCGGGCUGCAGAGCGAGCAGAUGGGGAGAAUCCACACGCACUACACGAACUCGGCUUGUUAUACGAAUCAGCUCAACCCAACGAUGCUAUAAUUCGAGAUGAAGCAUAUGCAUAUAGUCUAUUCCUCCAAGCUGCCGACCUGGGUUACAAGUUCUCUCAGUAUCGACUUGGAUGUGCUUUUGAAUAUGGAUUACUAGGCUGUCCGAUCGACCCUCGACAGUCCAUUCAGUGGUACUCAAAAGCUGCCACACAAGAGGAGCAUCAGGCAGAGCUUGCUCUCAGUGGCUGGUAUCUCACAGGUAGUGAAGGUGUACUAGGACAAAGUGACACUGAGGCUUACCUUUGGGCCCGCAAGGCCGCCAUUGCGGGCCUUGCUAAGGCUGAAUAUGCCAUGGGUUACUUCACAGAGGUGGGUAUCGGCGUUCCCCCAAAUCUGGAGGAUGCAAAGCGUUGGUAUUGGCGAGCAGCCGCUCAAGAUUUCCCGAAAGCUCGUGAGCGCUUAGAGGAUCUGAAGCGUGGUGCAGGCAAAAACGGCGCGCGUCAGCGUGAGCGCAUUUCCCGUAGCAAGAUGGAGAGACAACAAGAAGGCGACUGUGUUCUCAUGUGAACUAUACAGUUUCAUCCCGUCUUACCUCAGACACAGAAAGAAGGAUGAACAUGAAUUUGAUGAAGAUAGCGGGACACGAAUCGAUGCCUUGCAGGCACAAACAAGGGUUUCAGUCCCUGAGAUGUAUGAAUUAAAGAAAGGGCGUUGGAUACGUUGUCUUGGGAUUAGCGUUGAUUGCAUACGGCGCAGAUAUAUACCAUCAGGGGCAUUUCAUAAAACCAUCAGCAUCUUGCACGGAAUUGUCUACAUACAAAAGGAGAAGAACAAAUGAAAAGAACGGGCUACUGUUCCUCGUUUGCAACAAGAAUACCAAUCAAACUAUAGGCCCAGAGCGUCCUGAAGUAUAGCUUAUUCUUUGCAAGAUUAAUUUGUAUUCCAGGCUCCUCGCUAAUGUGGAAUUGCUUUCCAGUUACAUCAUUCGUAAUAUUCAUCCUUCAGCAUGAAGGACUCGACUCACCACGGUGGUGAGUAUCUCUCAAGAAGCACUAUAACCUCCAUCGCCGAACUGAUAAUUACCAG